AUGGAUCGAAAACGCAAAUCUGUUUUUGCGUCAUACCACGAUGAUAAAGCAGCCAAAACAAGAAAAAAAGAAACUUACUCUGACCAUAGUUUCAACAUAUCUUCUCCACAGGCGCCCUCACCGGACACUGACCUACAAGACGAUAUCCAAAGUAUCUGUAUGCUAGCCGACAAAAUAAUCGUGAAAUACGACAAUGGUCAUAUUAAACUCAGUCCAGAGGUCUUGGAGGCAACUAAAGUGUUCACAUCCGCUCUACAAAAAACACCACCUCUAAGAAAACAUACUAAACUCACUGACCCUGGCCCUGAAGUGCCGCGGCUUAGUCGGCAUCUCAAAUCCCUACCCCCAUUGCCUCCAGUUCGAGACGAACAACUCGAACGGGCGGUUUUUACACAUCCAGGUGUGAGCAAAGACCCAAAAACAACUUAUGACAGGCUUGAAAUUCUCGGCGAUGCAUACAUAGAGCUAUUUUCCACCAAGCUCAUCUGGAACCGAUUCCAGCACAUGCCGUCCGGCCGCAUGUCACAAAUCAGAGAGCUUCUAGUAAAGAAUGAGACGCUGGCUGAGUACGCCACCCAGUAUGGCAUCGACAGCAGAGCGUCGGUUCCGCCUGAGUUCUCAAAUCAGCCGAAAAGGUGGAUCAAAACGAGAGGGGAUAUUUUUGAAGCCUACGUGGCUGCUGUCAUCUUGUCUCAUCCCGAUGGCUAUGCUGUUGCCGAGUCGUGGCUCUCCGAACUAUGGUCACCAAAGCUUGAGGCCCUCGAAGAAUCCAACUCAUUUUCCCAAGCAAAGGAGGCGCUUGCCAGGAAAGUCAUGGGGAAAGGUGCCAAGUUGAGAUAUAUCGACGAAAAGGAAUCGAUACAACAUAAAGGAGGAACACAAUCAUACUUCAUCGGUGUAUAUUUUACUGGAUGGGGGUGGACAGAUAAACACCUUGGUUCUGGACAGGGGUCAAAUAAAACGAUUGCCGGAAACAGGGCAGCUCAACAGGCCCUGGAAAAUGGGGACCUGAUCAACAAGAUUGUCGCAUCUAAAGAAUCCCAUAUGACAGGAAGGCCCUAA